CAAGAUGGCGGUGGUAGUGAGGUGCUGAGGGCGGGCGGGAGAGAGAGUGAGAGUGAGAGAGACGGAGAGAGGGGGAGCCGGCAGGAGGACGAUGCGAGUGUGAGAUGUCCGCCGUUGCUGCUGCCGUUGCUGCUGCUGCCGCCGGGGAGGAGUCGCGGAUGAGAAGCGCCGCCGCCGUUGUUGCCGUCGUGUGUGCGAGGAGAGCGCGGCUCCGCGGCCACACGCACAAACACUUCUAUAGGACUGCCUGUUGUUGAGGCCGCGGGACAUGGCCGCUCCGCCGCCGCCGCCCACACCAGCACCUGCACCCGGCCCACACGCCCGCUCCCGGCUCCGGGCCGAGCACGCCAAGGUGGUCUCAAGCUGCAAAGAAAAAAUCCAACACUGGGUUAAAGUACAAAGUGACUAUGAAGCACUUCAAGAAAGGCUCAAGACUCUACCUGAUAAGCUGUGUUAUGAUGUAAUGGUACCACUUGGCCCACUUGCAUUGAUGCCUGGACAGUUAAUCCACACAAAUGAAGUCACUGUUUUACUAGGUGACAAUUGGUUUGCAAAGUGCUCUGCAAAGGAAGCUGCUCGCUUGGUGGACCACAGGAAAAAACAUGUCCAAGAAGCACUGGACGAUCUUCACAAAGUUAUGAACAACUUUGAAUCUAGGAUUCGCUUCACUGAUUGGGAGAAACGGGUUAAUGAAAAGGAAGAUAUCAUAGAAAUACACGAAGAAAUUGAGAAUGAAGAUGUAGAAACUAAAGAUUUAAUUUCUGACGGUUGUUUAAAACAUGCCGGUGUGGCAGGGAAACACAGGAGAGCACACACGCCAAAGGAAAACUGCAAGCCCAAAGAGAUUUUUGUGGCUGAUUUGGAGGUUGGUGAUGGUGGCGGAGACUGCAAGUCUGAACUGUUAUCCCAGAAGGAAUUGUGGGACAGGCUGGAUGAGCUGGAGAAACAGGAAGAGAUGCAGGAUGAAAUCGAUAGGUUGGCGCACGCAUUGAAUGGAAACAGUGAAGAGAGCAGCUCCUCUGAAGAAGAGAAGGACAAAAGCGUCAAGGCGAACUCGGACGAGAGGCCGGACUGGAUGCGCCUGCCAGCGGUACGUGAGGGAGGCGCUGAUGAGCACGGUGUAGAGCUGCACGUGACUGCCCCCCACACCAACAAUGUGGAAUACGGCCAGAGACUCAAAGCGGAGUACGAGGAGGAAGACGACAGUGUCCCCACUAUUCACUUCAUGCACACCGUGGAACCAAAAAGGGUAAGAAUAAACACUGGAAAAAACACAACUUUAAAAUUCAGUGAGAAGAAGGAAGAGGCCAAGAGGAAAAGGAAAAAUAGCACUGGCAAUGGAAACUGCACUAGUGAGCUGCCAAAUAUUAAAACGCCUGCAGAUAUUUACAGACUAUUUGUUGAUGUUGUAAAUGGAGAAUAUAUGCCACGUAAAUCCAUUCUGAAGUCGCGGAGUCGGGAGAACAGUAUAUGUAGUGACACCAGUGAGAGCAGCACGACAGAAUUUGAAGACCGACGAUGUACCCUGCGCUCUCUAAGCUACGAGGAAACAAUACAUAGUGAUGCCAGUGAAUGCAGCAUCUUGGAAGAGGAUGAAAUCAGUUCUAGCAAACCUCUCCCUUGGCCAAGUACAUUUGAGGCAUUUUCUGGCAUGGUCGUGGAAAAAGAACCCAUCUCACCCACGUUAAUUCCACAUCCAACUAUUGCCCAUCCUAUCCUACCAACUAUUCCUGAGAAGAAAGUGUCUGAAGAAGAAACUUUUCUCCAAACUUCACCAGAGCCUCAUAGGCGGGUGUCAAAGUUUAAAGCGGCUCGGAUGCAGCAGAAGAAAUGAACUUCCUUCAGUACCAUCUGUUUCAUAUUAUGUGGCUGAAUAAAAACGUUGAUAAACAGGAUCCUUGCACAGUCCACGUUUGCACAGAGUCUUGUUUGCUUGUUUAACAAAAAAAAAUCUUUUCAAACUGUGAUUUCAGUACUUUAAUAAUUUGAAUGUUUGUUUCUAAGAAAUAAAUUUGAAUGUGAAACUGAUUUUAUAAAAUUUCCACGAUGCCACAUUUUGCGAACAUUCAGUUGUUCACCUGUUGGGCAGUAGAACAAGUUAGUCAGGUUUCUUCAUAUAUUUAACCUGCAACACUUAACUGUUUAUUUUAGCAUACUGGAAUAGAUUAAAAAAGUACCGCAACUGUCUUUUUUCAAGCUGUAAAGAUCCUAUUUUGUGUAGAAUUCUUAAACGACCUUUGUAAAUGUGUUCAUUGAAGAUUUUACAAGCUUUCAUCUGUAAAUUUGUGUUGUGCAUUAGUCUGAAUUUAAUAAAUUUUGCACGACAUGAUA